GUGGAGCCGGAGCGCAGAGCCCGGCGGGGAACACAAGCAGCUACAGCCUUCAGUCAAACGGCACCGGGCUGAUCGGGGUCAGCGGCUCUUCAUUUAGGACUACUGGACAGCGCUGCAAUGCUGCUACUGCUGCAUGGAGGACCCUCUGCCGUUUAUGUAUUACUUUUAUUUUAUUCCUAUUUAUUGGAGCCAACUUUGGUCCUCGCCUUCAACCUUGACACCAGUCAUGUCAUCAGAAAAGACGGAGAGCCGGGGAGUCUGUUCGGGUUUUCCCUCGCCAUGCACAGGCAACUCAACCCGGAUGAAAGAAUGCUGUUGAUUGGUGCACCCAGAGCAAGAGCUUUGGGAAAACAGACAGCAAACAUUACAGGAGGCCUUUAUAAGUGUGAAAUCACACAAUCCAAUCAUUGUGAGCGCAUUGAAUUUGAUAGUAAAGAGGACGUACUUGUUGAGAACAAGGAGAAUCAGUGGAUGGGGGUGACGGUUCAGAGCCAGGGACCUGGGGGAAAGAUUGUGACUUGUGCUCAUCGCUAUCAGAGGCGCUUGUUCGUGAACACCCCUCAAGAGUCCCGGGACAUCAUUGGGCGCUGUUAUGUCCUGAGUCAGGACCUGUCCAUUGACUUGUCCUCUGAUGAGGAUGGAGGUAACUGGAAAUUCUGCGAGGGCAGAGCCAGAGGUCAUGAGAUGUUUGGAUCUUGCCAGCAGGGUUUGGCUGCCACCUUCACCAAAGACUACCAUUAUGUGGUGUUUGGAGCACCAGGCGCUUAUAACUGGAAAGGCGUUGUACGAGUGGAGCAAAAGAACAACACUUUGCUAGAGAUGGGAGUGUAUGAUGACGGCCCAUAUGAAGUUAGAGACGACCAUCUCUUCAACCCAGAGUUUGUUCCUGUACCUGCCAACAGCUACCUCGGAUUCUCCCUCGAUUCGGGACACAGCAUCACCAGGAGUCGUGGCCUGACGGUGGUGGCUGGAGCACCCAGAGCCAAUCACAGUGGAGCCGUGGUCCUGCUGAAGAAAGAGAACGAGGCCUCCGCCAGACUUUUGGUGGAACACACUCUAUACGGGCCAGGACUCGCCUCCUCCUUUGGAUACGACCUGGCUGUGGUUGACCUGAACGGUGAUGGAUGGCAAGACAUAGUUGUAGGAGCCCCUCAGUUCUACAUGAAGGACAGAGACAUCGGAGGAGCUGUUUACGUCUACAUUAACCAGGCAGGAAGGUGGGAAAGAAUCACUCCUGUCCGUCUAAACGGGACCAAGGACUCCAUGUUUGGACUGGCAGUGGAGAACAUUGGAGACAUCAAUCAAGACACAUAUGAAGACAUUGCCAUCGGAGCUCCCUAUGAUGACGGCAGUGCAGGAAAAGUCUACAUUUAUCACGGUUCUGCACAAGGAAUCAAAACCAGCCCUGCACAGAUCCUUUCAGGAAAAGAGCACAACAUGCGACUCUUUGGAUAUUCUCUGGCAGGGAACAUGGACUUGGACAGUAACUCUUAUCCAGACGUGGCUGUUGGUUCUCUGUCGGACACCGCUCUAAUCUACAGGGCACGGACAGUCAUUAGCAUCAGGAAAGAUAUCAAAAUAUCUCCAAAGGAAAUUAACCUUACAGUUAAAACCUGUGGUAACAGCAUUUGCUUUGCAGUGGACGCGUGCUUCACCUAUAAAGCAAACCCUGAAUCUUACAACCCAAGACUAACUGUCGGCUACUCUCUCGAGGCGGAUGGCGAUCGCAGGAAACAGGGGCUUCCUGCCAGAGUGACGUUCCUGAACAAAUCCCGCAUUGAAACAGACUACCAGUUUAACGGCACCUUGGAACUCCGUGGCCAAAACCAAAAAACAUGCAUCAAGAUAACAGCCAAACUGAAGGACAACAUUAAGGACAAGAUGCGCAGCAUUCCCAUCGAGGUGUCUGCAGAAAUUGCCGGUGCUAAGCGACAGAAGACGAGGCCUGGACGUAGCCCACAAUUGAGUCAUUUUUUAGUUUUUUUUGUUUUCUGUAUUUGCAGCAAGAACAACGGUCCUGUGUUUCAUCUAAAUCAUGAGAGGAAGGACUUAGCUCUACGUGUGACAGUCAACAACAUGAAUGAAGAUGAUGCUUACGAAGCAAAGCUGGUGGGGACUUUCCCAGAGACGCUGUCAUAUUCUGGAGUCCGCUCACAUCAAACAACGAUGGAAAAGCCGAUUAUCUGUACAGCCAAUCAGAACGGCUCUCAAGCAGACUGUGAGCUGGGGAAUCCUUUCAAGAGAGAUUCAAAGGCUAUAUUUUACAUCAUCCUGAGCACUGUGGGUAUGGCUCUCGACACCACAGAGAUUGACGACCUGCAGCUCCAAACAACAAGUGUGCAAGAAAAUAUUGCUCCUGUCAAAGUGAAGGCUAAAGUAAUCGUUGAAUUGCCGUUGUCGAUCAGUGGGGAAGCCAGCCCUAAUCAGGUUUCCUUUGGAGGUGUAGUGAAGGGAGAAAGUGCAAUGAAGACAGAAGAAGAGAUUGGAAGUCUGAUUACUUACACAUUCAGAAUAAACAACUUGUGGAAGUCUUCUGUCAGGGCCUCACUUCACAUUCAGUGGCCCAAAUGGAACAAAGACGGUAAAUGGCUUCUGUACCUGGUAAAGGUCACUGCAACAGGACUGGAGGACAUCCUUUGCUCUCCCGAGUCUGAAAUCAACUCUCUCAAACACAUCCAGGAGACUUCUGCGUCCAGGACAAAGCGUGAAAUUGGAGAAAGAAAAACUGUUGGCACAAUGUCCUCCCUGUCAGGCAAAAAAAAAGUUUUGACGUGUGACAGUGAGACCAAAUGUGUGGUGCUCAAGUGCCCCCUACAGGGCAUGGACGGUACAGCAGUUAAGCUGAGGUCUCGUCUCUGGAACUCAACCUUUAUUGAGGAUUACGCCUCUAUUUCAAAUUUGCACAUUGUUGUGAAGGCCUCGCUCGUCCUUCAUACAAAGGCUAAAAACAUGAUCCUGAGAACUCCUCACACUGAUUUUAUUUGUCAUCUUUUAAAACCCCUUUACACCCUUGCUCCCCUUCAGUGUGGUUUCUUCAAGAGAGCAUCAAAAGACCAAUACGAUGCUGCGUAUCACAAGGCAGAGAUCCAUGUUCAGCCCUCUGACAAGGAGAAACUCUCUGCUGAGGCCUGAUUUAUACUCUGAACAGCGUGUGGAUUCUUCAAACGCUC